CGCACAUGUCUCUCCUGUGGCAUUGUGGGGGUCAAUAAACGCUGGCGGGACGUUGACGGGCUGCUUAGUGCUGUUGUGACUACCACCGAAAAACAACAUAUUUGUGAAAGGUCCUCUGUGAAGCACACGCCGAGAGGACACAAGAAUUAACCCAGAUUGUCCGUUUGUCUGAUCUCCUGCUGUAGCGAUGACUGACCCGGAAGUGAACCCCAAGGCCUACCCCCUGGCUGAUGCCACACUGACUAAAACCAUCCUGGACCUGGUGCAGCAGGCAGCCAACUACAAGCAGCUGAGGAAGGGAGCCAAUGAAGCCACUAAAACCCUGAACCGCGGCAUCGCGGAGUUCAUCGUGAUGGCCGCCGACGCCGAGCCCCUCGAGAUCAUCCUCCACCUGCCGCUGCUGUGCGAGGACAAGAACGUGCCCUACGUCUUCGUGCGCUCCAAGCAGGCCCUGGGCCGCGCCUGUGGCGUCUCCCGGCCCGUCAUCGCCACCUCCGUCACCAUCAAGGAGGGCUCCCAGCUCAAGCCCCAGAUCCAGUCUGUGCAGAUGGCGAUCGAGAGACUCCUGGUCUGAGAGGGCAGAGUAGCACUGUUGAUUUACUUUAGCUUGGCCCACAAGACGAGGGUGAGAAACGAUGUUCUUGAAAGUAUGUAUAUAGUUGGGGAGGGAUGAAGUGAAUUAUCCUCUGCCCCUGGUUCCCAGAGUGAAUGGACUUGGCUGUUGUCCUGUCAUUCCAAUCUGUUUACAGUAUUUGUCAAUGGAAUAAGUGUAACUUGGGG